UCAUUGUCACCAAGUGAUUUCUUUCCCCUCUCAAAUAAUGAGUUAGAUUUGGAAAAUCUAGAAAAGUUUUAUAUUGUAUGUUACUGUUUUGUCUUAAUAGACAAAAUUGUUAAAAUUGUGUAAAAGGUUUAUUGUUGAUGUGUCAACUUUUCUUAAAAAUAUCAGGAACUCGUUAACAAUGCAAAAUGAAGAAUUGAAAGACCACACAAAAAGGUUACGUUUUAAGCCUUUAGCAAAUGUUCAGCAUUUCUCUGGUGAAAACAAUUUUGAAUCGAAGUGUUUAAAGGAAAUGAAGACUAAAGAUGGUGAAAAGUCGUCCUCUUUGUUGACGUUUUUGCAUGUUGAGCUCACGCGUGGAUAUUUGCUGGAACAUGACGAAGAAAGGUUUUCGGCACGAAGAGAAAAAGUGUAUUCUUUUAUUAAAAUACCCCAAGAGUUGGAAAAGUUUAUGGCAUAUGGAUUUUUUCAAUGUGCUGAUUCACUUUUGUUUGUUUACACUUUUUUGCCAUUAAGAUUUAUAAUGGCAUUUUGGUCUUUCUUUAAUAGGCUGUUUAGAAGGUGCUUUGGGUUAUAUCCAAACACACGUAAAAGUAUAUUGAAGCCUGCCGAGACAUGUGAUGUCCUAAAGGGGUUUAUUCUAGUAGUUUGCAGUUUCCUCAUGUGGUACAUUGACACUAAUAUGAUGUAUCACUUGGUGAAAAGUCAAAGUGUAAUGAAACUCUACAUUUUUUACAACAUGCUGGAAGUAGGAGAUAGAUUGUUUUCAGCUUUUGGACAGGAUACCAUUGAUGCUUUGUUCUGGACUGCUACAGAGCCAAGAGACAGGAGGAGGGAACAUCUGGGUGUUAUUCCCCAUUUGAUAUUUGCCAUGACCUAUGUCUUUUUGCAUAGUCUAUUAGUGCUAUUUCAAGCAACAACACUUAAUGUGGCGUUCAAUUCAAACAAUAAGAGUCUGCUGAUUAUUAUGAUGUCCAAUAAUUUUGUAGAAUUAAAAGGGAGUGUGUUCAAGAAAUUUGACAAAAAUAACCUCUUUCAAGUAUCUUGUAGUGAUGUGAGAGAGCGGCUGCAUCUCUCAGUGCUGCUGUUCAUAGUAGUUCUGCAGACUAUGAAGGAAUAUGUUUGGAGGGAAGAACGGUUCUGGAUCCUUGCGCCAGAUUGUGUUCUGGUUCUUACUUUCGAAGUUAUCAUCGAUUGGGUGAAGCAUGCGUUUAUUACAAGAUUUAACGAAAUCCCCUAUGGAGUGUAUCGUGAAUACACGAUAAGUCUGGCGUAUGACGUAGCCCAAACGAGGCAGAAGUACGCAUUCAGCGAUCAUUCAGACCUAGUGGCGCGCAGAAUGGGUUUCAUACCACUUCCAUUGGGUGUGGUUAUCACUAGAGUCCUCAUUCACGCCGUCAAAAUUGAUGGAUUUGCGGCAAUCUUCCUUAUAUUCGUAGCCUAUUUAUGUCUAAUAAGUGUAAGAGUGUUAGUUUCUAUAGUAAUCCUUGGUAAGGCUUGCGACUUGAUUUCACAUCAUCAGAUGGAGAAGAAUGAAAGCCAUCAUACAACACCUAAAAAGGAGCAAAAAGAGGUAGUGAAAGAAGUAUUUAAAAGUCCUGAAGUAGAAGUGGUGCCCCCAAAAAAGCCUGCUCAGCUUAAGUUCCUCAUACCGGAAGAUGGUAUUUUAACUGAACCGCUAGUAGACGCGUCGGUGGGAGCCGCCGCUAUUUUCUCUAACAGUGCUAUUGAUCUCAACGGUGUGUGUUAUCUCAACGACAAAAUGAAUGCACAGGUCAAGCAAGAGUCGGGAGACUACCUGGAGCCUGAACUGGCGGACUUGUCUCGCAGCGCCCCCGACAUCAAAGCGGCCGCCCCCCCAGCCCCCGCGGAACUGCCAUUAGAACCCGACGCAGAAGGGCUGAAACGGCGUUCAGAGUCCGAACCAAACCUGGUCAAAGCUGAAGAACACUAUGAAGAGACGACGUAGCAUACGUGCUGCAUGCUGCAGUUCUAGCGUGGAACUAAGUAUUAACAGAUAAUAUAAGACUCCCCCCCACCCCCCCUCCCCCGUCAAAUGCCAUCGUACCCCACAAAUAAGGAGUUUGUGAUUGGUGAUUGGAUGCGUGAAGCAUGUAUUGAACACAAAAGGUAUAUUUUUAUAUUAGUGUUAGUUUAGAUAUGUCGAAAUUUCUGUUGUAAGCUUAUGGGUGUCUAUGGCUUAUGAUUCUAGCCUUUCUUCUAGUCUACUGAAUGGAUUGUAAGUGUUUUCAUUAAUCGGGUACCUCCAUUUGGCCAGACGAAUUAGAUUUCCAGAUUUUUCUCAUGACCAAGAAUCUGUUAGACGUCGAUUUUUAAAGUGAUUUUAAUUUGCAUAAUGUUAUGAAGUUUAUCAAUAUCUGUAUGUUAUGUGUCACGAACUUCGCUGAUAUAAAUAGUUGUUGGUUGUUGUUUGAUUUGGUAGUCACAAAGGUGCGAACAAAUCUUAGCAUUAUUCAUUAUGUUAUUGAAAAGUUCAUAUCAUUUACACACACAUAUCACGUCUUUAUCAUACGAGAUAGACAAAACCUCAAGCCAAUCGCGAAGACCUAGGUUUAGCUGAUGGUCUGAUGAAGGUAUUGAGUUUCAGAGAUAGUGUCAGGCGGCUAGCCAAUUACUCAAGUAUUAGUCUUUCCCUUUAUUGAAUUUGUUAAUCUACGCGAGAGAAAAGAAAUAGCGGGCAUCCAAGAUGUAUUUUUUUACUUGGCUGAAUUCAGACGUCCUAAAAUGAUUCAGUAACUAAUUCAGACAAGUGAAAUAGCAUUUAAUCUUUUUAUUGAUUAAUGUAAUUUUGUUAAAUGUAAAUUGGAAUAUGUUUAGUGUUUAUUACAAGUGUUGGGAUGAAAUACUGAAUCACUUAACAUAAGGAUUUUUUUUUGUCAUGUGGAAUAUGGGCUUCCUAAACCAGCAUAAUAAUACAAUUAUUCAUAUUCAUACACUCGUAUUGUCUGUAUAUUUCAGAUGUAGAUAGUACUUAGGUAAUUGAUAGUUACAACUGUAACUCACUUGAAACAUUUGAUGCUAUAAAAAGUUGCUUGGUAGUUGCAAAAGUAUUUUUUAAAUUUAUUUGUGUGUAAUUCAUGCUGAUUGCCGGGUCGCUGAGCUUUCCUUCGUUAUGUUAUAUUGUUAUAGUAUGGAUUUCUUGUUCAUUGUUUUUUUUUUCAAAUAUAUUUAUUGUUUUAUACUUGUUCUUUUCUUCCAGAAUUUUCAUUAAGAUCACUGUAAGGUUAUAAUUUUUAUUUGUUGCAAAUUUUACAUAGAUUAAUCUGAAAUAAGUUUCUGUAAACUAAUGAAAUAAGUUUACGUUUUGUUGUUGUGGAAACACGGAUAAAAAGUUACUAAAUAUAAUCGGUAUCGGUCGGUGCUAGCCUUAAUUAACUUUUUAAUGAGAUAAUUUUGACUAUAUUUUAGUAUAAUAUAUGCUACUAAAUUUAGCUUCAUAUUUAAAGACUGAUAACUGUGAGUUUGAAUGGUUUGAAAUUCUCAAAAAUAAAUGACAAAGUAAUGUGAUUGUUCUUAGAUAAUAUAUUAUUACAAAUGACUUGUUUAUUAUUAUUAUUGCAAAAGUUCCAAGUUUUGUGAAGAUUCAGCUUUUCUAAUUAUUUAAUUUAUGUAAUGUAGGAUGGUCGUUCGUUGCACUGAAUUAACUUGGUUUUUAUAUUAUAUUUAUUAAUUUAAAGAAGGUACAUAUGUACUUCAGAAUUUAGUCCUUAUUAAUUAUGAUUAAAUCAUCAAUAUUAAGCAAUCGGUUGUGCCGUGUCAGACACGUGCUUUUUAAGUAAGUACUUUGCUAUUAAAUUUAUAUCCUGUUUUAUUUUC